AUGUCGUUGGCACCGACGACGACCGUGCGAGGUGCUCCGCCCGCACUGCAACCUUACUAUUUUACCUCAUCUGUGUUCGUUGAACAUCUGCGGGCAGACAUCAAUGAUCUGCUCGUCAAGUUUAAGGAAGCUGUCGAAAUCAACCUGGAGGCCGAGUCACCGUUCCAGCUCUUUAAGGAGCUGUGGAUUGAGACGGGAUGGAGAUGGCUGCAUCUCCUCGUCAUAGAGGAAAGGGGAAGGAAGUCGUUUAUCCAAGUUGUAGAGAGGUGCCUUCUCGAGGCGCUCAAAUCAGCCAAUGGACCGACCAUAGCAGCGGGCGCCUUGUUCGCUCAAUACACCUUCCACACCACUCAGCCAACCGCAUUGUACACCAUAAAUCACAUCGAUGUACCUCUAGAUAUUCACGAAAUCAUACGAACACUUCCCUCCCGCCUCUCUGGACCACUGAAAGCCGAGGUCUCCUACCUCAUCCGGCUCCUUAUCC